UUGGCCGGUUUUCAAAGAACACGCGCAGCACCUCGUGCUCGAGUGGUGGCUCCGAAUUUGCCUGUGCGGGCCAGGGCAGCACCGGGAUAUGCGGACUCAACUAGUACAACUCAAUUGGCGGCGAGCAGGGUGAGCAAAGUCAAGGGCCAAAUUUGCACCGGAAACCGGUUCGCCGGGCUCCCGGUGCAUCACUGGAAGCCCUGCCGUGCAGCGACACCCGCCCGCUGCCAGCCGAAGGACUCCAGCGCGGAUCGUGGACAGCGUUCUCCACCAAAAGAACAACGGGUUAGCCGCAGCAGCAAGGCUGAAGACGCCAUCCUGCUUUUCAUCGAGGGAGGCAAAACGAACAAGAAGCGACUUGCUGCGAAUCUACCGAUGGCCACACGCCGUGCCUCUCAUAG